AUGGAGUGCCGCAACCCGUACCUUCCCGGCGCUGGUCGGUCCGAGACGCGCGGCCUCGCCGGCGUCGGCGCCCACGCGAGCCUCGCCUCCACGGGCCCGCACGUCGCCGCCCACUCCGACCUGCGUCGCACGACGAACGUCGCGUCGGCGCGCCGCGGCCUCGACGGCGCCCGCUACCGGGAGCGGCUCCAGGCCUACGCGGGCCUGAGCGGCGCCGGCCCGCCGCCGCGAACGGGCGACGCGCGCGACCUCGCGGGCCACCUCUCGACGACGUCGCUGAGGCACGACGGCGCGCCGGCGGCGAUGCGCGCCUUCGAGACGGCGCCCGCGCUGAAGCAGGCCGGCGCCUGCUCCCGGUCCGCCGAGGCGCUGGGCCAGGGGUCGACGUGGCGCGGCCCCGCGACGUCCGCGCGCAACGUCGACCCGCGGGCGCGGCCGGCGGCGCCGCGGCCGCCGCCGCCCUUUUCGCGGCCGCCGGCGGCCUGCGCGCGGGCGCUGCUCUUCUUGGCGAACGCGGACGUCGCCGCCUGCGCGGCCGUGUCGGCGUACUGGGCCGACGAACUGCUCCUCGACUACGCGGCGCUGCGCGUCCGGUUCGGCGCGCUGCUCCCGGGGGAGUCCGCGCCGUCGUUCCUGGCGUCGCUCGCGGCGCUCGCCGCGGCCCGCGGCGCCCGGGGCUGCGCCGACGCGCUGGCGACGGGCUCCGCGGCGCACCACGGCGUCGCGUUCCUGCCCGGGGGCUGCGUCGCCUGGGGCCGCAACGACUCGGGCCAGACGGGCGACGCGCGGCUCGCCGGCGGCCCCGCGGGCCCGCCGCUGCCCGCGUGGGUCGCGGGCCUGCCCGAGCGGACGCCGCCCGUCGCCGCGGCGGCGGGGGCGGACCACAGUGUCUUCCUCGACAGCGACGGCGCCGUCUACGACUGCGGCGUCGACGGCGCGGGCGACCGGCCGAUCCCGCGGCCCGUCUCCCGCGUCCGCGAGAUCGCGCGCCGCGUCGUCGCCGUCGCCGCGGGCGAGCGCUACACGCUCGCGCUGACGACGCGGGGCGACGUCUACAGCUGGGGCGAGUGCCUCUUCGGUUCGCUCGGGACGGGCGCGUUCCUCGAGAAGCGGCGCGCGCCGGCGACCGUCGGCCUCCCGCGGACGACGCGCGUCUCCGCGGGGCCGCACCACGCGCUGGCCGUCGCCGGCGGUCGCCUCUACGCCUGGGGCCGGGGGGCAGAUGGGGAGACGGGCCUCCGGCAGCGCCUCCGGGCGCCCGCGGCGACGCCCGCGGCGGCGACGCGGCGCCGCGACGUCGCCGGCGACCGCGCGCACGACCGCGCGCGGCCGGAGGCCGUGGCUUUGGCCGGCGACGUCGUCGACGCGUCCGCGGGCGGCGCCCACUCCCUCGCGGUGGUCGCGGGCGGCGCCGUCUUCGGGUUCGGGCUCGCGAGUUUCGGGCGCACCGGCGUCGACGUCGGCUGGCCGCGGCGCGCGAACGUCUGGCGGCCCGAGGCCGUGGCCCUGGCGGCGCGCGUCGUCCGCGUCGCCGCGGGGGGCGAGCACUCGCUCGCCCUCGACGACGGCGGCGGCGUCUGGUCCUGGGGCAGGGGCGGGCUCCACGGGCGCGCGACGGCGCGCGACGCGUUCGCGCCCGCGCCCGUGAAGCUACCCUCUCCCGCCGUCGCCAUCGCGGCCCACGCGGCCCACGCCCUCGCGGCGACGGCGCCGGGCGACGACGGCCGCUGCGCGGUCUACGCCUGGGGCCGCGGCGACCACGGCCGCCUCGGCGUCGCCGACGCGUUCGGCAACUGCGACAUCCGCGACCGGGCGACGCCCACCGUGGUGCAAUGGACGCGGCGAUCCAGCGCGGGCGGACGCAAGUUCGAGGACUUCGUCCACCACCCGGACGGCUCGUUCCAGCACCGCGACGACUCCUCCUUCGGCUCCCAGCCCGCGUUCGUGGUCGUCGCGCGCCACGGCACGGUCCUGAACGUCCACCUCCUCGACCGGCCCCGCAAGGACCACUUCAAGAAGUCGACCUGCUCCGACGCGGCAACCCUAAUAAUCCCCAGGUGUCUCUCCGCCAUCGGUGCCGUCUUCUCCCUGAGCGAGAUCAUCCUCGAGGCGCACCGAUCCCUCGCCCAGAAGCUCCGGGAGAGCGGCGAGGUCGAGCGCAUGAAGACGAGCCGCCUGCUCCGGAGUUUCGUGCCCAAGCUCGUGCGCCAGGACGUCGCGUCGCGCGACCCGUCGAAACGCUUCCGUCAAGCUCAGGGCGCGGUCCUCUUCGCGGACGCGUCGGGCUUCACGGCCCUGACCCAGUCGCUCUGCGCGGACAAGGACGGCGCGGAGCGCCUCACGGGCAUCCUCAACGACUUCUUCGGCGUGCUCAUCGACCUCGUGGAGUCGUACGGCGGCGACGUCGUCCAGUUCUCCGGCGACGCGCUCACGAUCCUCUGGCGCUGCGCGGAGAGCGACGACGACAAGGGUCUCGCCGGCGGCGAGGCGCAGGCCGUCAUCCUCGCGUCCGCCUGCGCGGCGGCCAUGCAGCGCGCGAUCGCGGGCGACGCGCGGCUCGCUGGCGGCCCGCUGACGAUGCACAUGGCGCUGGGCUGCGGCGCCGUGACGCUCGCGCACCUCGGCGGCGUCUGGGGCCGCUGGGUGCUGGUCAUGGACGGCCCGGCCAUGGCCCAGAUCGCCCUGGCCGAGCCGCUCGGCGGCAGCGGCGACGUCGUGCUCUCGCCGCGCGCCGCGAAAGCGCUGCGCGAGACGGACGGGUCGACGCGCGCGGACUCGAUCCUCGAGGCGCCCUACGGCGACGCGCACGCGGCCCACGCGCGCCUCGCCAUGGGCGGCGAUUUGAGGGCCCUCGCGGCGGCGGCGGCCGCCGUGAAGCACUCCCUGGGCGACGUGCCGGCGACGCGGGGGUCGCUGUCGGGCUCGCCGGGCGACGCGGCGAAGAUCGCCGCGUACGUGCCCGCGACGGUCUGCAAGCAGCUGCUGCUGAACCGCCGCGAGGACAAGAUCGACGCGUCGGCCGCGGAGCUGCGCCACGUGUCCGUCGUCUUCGCGCACAUGGCCGGCGUCCGCGCGUCCGCGGCCGCGGCCGUCGUCGAGGCGCUCCAGCGCGCCGUCGGCGUCGGCGAGGGCGACGUGAACAAGAUCCUCGUCGACGACAAGGGCAUGCUCUGCCUCGCCGUCUUCGGGCUGCCGCCGCUCGUCCACGUCGACGACGCGACGCGCGCGACCGCGGCGGCGCUCCUCGUCGUCGGCGAGCUCGCGGCGCUCGGCGUCGCCGCGUCCGUCGGCGUGACGACGGGCACGGCCUUCUGCGGCUUCGUCGGGUCCUCGGUGCGCCGCGAGUACACGGUCAUGGGCAACGUCGUCAACCUCGCCGCGCGCCUCAUGUCCGCGGCGAAGCGGGAGGCCGGGCGCGUCCUCGUGGACGCGGAGACGCGCGCGGCGGCGGCGUCCGCGUCGGCGUCGCGCGACUUCGACUUCCGGGCGACGGCGCCGCUGCAGCUCAAGGGGCUCAAGGACCGCGUCUCCGCCUUCGCGCCCGUGGAGGUGGAGCGCGCCGACGGGUCGCUCGCGUCCAAGGUCUUCUUCCGGGCGACGCGGCGCACGCCGCGGCGGCGGUCCUACCUCCAGAAGCUGUUCCGCCAGUCGUCGCUGGGCAUCCACGGCGACCCCCUGUCGCGGUCCAACGCCCAGGUCGGCCCGACGCGCCACGCCCAGGAGCUCCUCUACGGCUUCUCGCGGCCGCCGGAGCGCGUCUGGCCCGCGCCCGAGGGGGCGGGCGCGGCCGAGGCGCGCGCCGCGGGCGGCGCGCUGUGCGUCGCGGGGCACACGGGGCGGGGCAUGCACGCCAUCAUCGACGACCUCUGCGACUGGGGCGAGGACAAGAUGCGCUGGACCGUCUUCCGCGUGGACCUCGACGACCGCCACGCGAGCCAGGCGGAGGCGCUGCGCCUCGGCUUCGCGUCGCGGCGCGGCGACGCGCGCGAAACGACGGCGUGGCGCCUCGCCGCGCUGUCCAUGCGCUUCGCCCGGGCCUGGAUCCUCGACCUCGCCGCGGCGGCCGGCGUCGACGACUGGCGCGCGCUCGUGCCGCCGGAGCUGCGGCCGUUCGCGGGCCUCGCGGCGGCCGUCGUCGACGACGACGCCGCCGCGGACGACGUCGCCCUGGAGACGAGCGCCAAGGAGACGCUGGCCGUCGCCGUCAUCGUCGCCGCGCUCCGGAGCGGCGUCGACCGGCUGCCCGGGCCCGCGCUCUUCGCGGCGGACGUCCGCGACUCGUCGUCGUCGACGUGCGCGCUCCGCGGCGGCGGCUGGCGGCUGCUGGCGGCCCUGGGCCGCCGCUGCGGCGAGGCGACGGCGCGGGCCGCGCCGGCGCCGCCCAUGCUCCUCGUCGUCGCGGCGAAGCCCCGCGACUUCGGCCGCGGUCCCGCGGCGCAGCUCUGGGCGGACGCGGGCGAGCGCGGCGCGGCGCUGAGCCUGCGGGCGCUGGGCCGGGGCUCGGACGCCUACGGCACCUACGUGGCCCAGUGCCUCGGGGGCGUCGACGACGUCGUCGACGCGCGCGACGACGGCGGCGCGGCCGCGCGCGUCGCCGGCGGCGACGAGGCCCCGCUCCUCGGCGGCGCCGCGGAGGAGCCGCCCCGGGACCCGCGCCGGGUCCUCGAGGACUUUGUGCUCGAGUACAGCGGCGGCGUGCCCGCCUUCGUGCGCGAGAUCUGCCGCCACCUCGUCGCGUCCAAGGCCGUCGUCGUCUCCGGGACGACGGCGUUCCUCCACUGCCGGCGCCUGGACGCGGCGGCGCACGUGCCGCCGCUCGUCGCCACGUUCGUGAAAUUGGAGUACGAGGGCCUCGCCGACGACGAGAAGUUCCUCCUCCAGGCCGCGUCGGUGCUGCCCCGGUUCCGCGAGCUCGUCGUCGCCGCGGACGUCUUCCGCCGCUUCUUCGAGGCCGGCGACGCGGACGCGACGCUCCACGCGAACCUGAGGGUCGCGGCGCUCGCCGAGUCGCUCAUCCUCGACGACGUGCUCACGCUCGCGGCCGCGGACGACGACGACGACGACGCCGCGCGGCGCGCGCGCGCGGCCCCGCGGGGCGACGACGACGGCGCGCAACCCGACGGCUUCCUGGACCAGAUCCUCUGGAUCUGCAAGAAGACCGACGCGGACGCGCCGCCCGCGCUCGAGCGGAGCGGCCGGGGCUCCUUCGCGGACGACGUCGACGCGCGCGCCUGUGCGCGCGCCUACGGCGCGCUCGAGGCCGCGGAGGACGAGGCGCCGCGGCGGCUCCGCUUCAAGAACCGGGCGCUGCGCGCCUACGUCGUCUCCAUCAUGUCGAAGCGGGCCCGGUCCAGGCCCCUGAUCUGCUGGAGCCAGAUCGUCUUCUGGCCGUCCCACUUCAUGGACCCGACGAAGAGCACGCGCACGGGGCCACCGCCUUCGGCGGGCGCGGCCGCGUCCGCGCGGGGCGCCGGCGGCGCGUGGCGGUGUCUGGCGACGUCCGCGUCGCUCAGCACGGCGUCGAAGGACGCCGGGCUCUUGGGCCCCAGGGCCUCGAACUCGUCGUCGACGUGCGCGGCGUCUCUUCGGACGACGGACAGCGAGACGACGUGCGUCGCGGGCUCGACGCUCGAGAGCACGAUGGAGAUCAUGGACGUCGGCACGUGGGCCGGGAGCUGCGUGCCCCCCUCGAAGUCGACGCGGAUCUCCGCGUCCCCGGGCACGUCGCCGAGGAGGUGGAAGAAGACCUCGAGCCGCCGCGCCGCGGGGUCGCAGACGUGGCCCACCGGCGGCCAGACGACGAGCGCGCGCGGCGACCGCGCGUCCCAGGGCGCGCCCGGCGGCGGGAGGACGGCGACGUCGAGCAGCGCGGGCGACCGCGCGGCGCGGCCGGCCGCGUCGACGGCCGACACGCCGACGCGCGCCGCGACGGCACCGCCCGUCGCCGUCGCCUCGGCCGCCGCGGCCGCGAGCGGCGCGCCGACGCGCAGCGGCUGCGUGCCCGGGUCCGAGAUGAUGUCGACGCAGCUCACGGCGCCCGUCGCGCCGGCGCCGACGGCGCUCACGCAGAGGGCCCGCACGUUCGCGUCCAGGACCCAGGCCGCGACGAGCUCCGGCGGCAGCGACGCCAUCGAUGCCACGACCAUCAAGCUCGAUGCAUUAGGGACCCAGGAACCAACAAACACGUCGAAAGACGACCUCUGCGACGUGCGUAGCCUUGCGGCGGACGCGCGCUGGCUCGACGCCUUCGACGCGCUGGACACGCUCGAAAGCCCAGCGCCGGAGACCGCGGAGGACGUGGACCUCGUCGAAGAGGUCCGCGCGCGCGGCGCGAGUUUUCGGCGCGCGCGCGCGUUCUGCUCCGCGGACGCCGACGGCGCGGCGACCGCGGACGGCGCGGCGACCGCGGACGGCGCCGUGCCCGCCGCCGCCGCGGCGACCGCGGACGGCGCGGCGACCGCGGACGGCGCGGCGCCGGCGGAGGAGGCGUGGUCCGAGGGCCACCGCGCCUUCGGCGUCGAGACGAGCUACCGCUACGACGCGGACGGGCUGCUCUGGCUGCGAACGACGGGCGAGAUGAAGGACAUCGACCUCUUCCACACCGUCGCCGUGAUCCGCGAGAUCGGCCUCUUCGGCGAGUGGAUCCCGUUCCUGCGGCACUCGGACGUCGUCCACGAGCUCGACUUCUCGCGGCUCCUGGCCCACUUCUCCAUCGGCGUCCGGGGCGUGCUGAGCCGCGACUGCGUCAUGCGCGUCGCCGCGUGCAACGACGCGCUUUCCAGCGGCGCGCUCUACUUCGAGGGCGAGUCCCUGGCCGACGACGUGGCGGCGUGGCGCGGCGCGGCGGUGCCGCCGCGCUACACGGGCUGGGGCUACGACCGCAUGCACGUCCACUCGCUCGUCGCCAAGGUCGCGUUCACGUCGGCGACGAGCCAGCACGCCAUGGUCGUCGUGUCCGUCGACCUGCGGACGCGCCUGCCGCGGUCCAUCCUCGACUUCUUCCUGAAGAAGCUCGUGGGCAUCUUCCUCUGGCUCUGGCGCCGCCAGUCGCGCUACAUCUCCGCGCACGACGAGGGCAAGCACCGCGACGCCAUCGCCGCGGACGCGGCCUUCUACGAGAACUGGCUCCGCCCGAAGUACGACGAGUUCUGCGCCGCGCGCGGCUGGACGGACACGAGCCCGGCGCUCGGCGCGGACGAGGCGGAGGACGAGGUCGGCGACGACGCGGCGCUGCCGCCCGGGCUCGACGGCGCGGAGGACGGCGGCGCGGCCGAGUCGCCGGCGCCGGCCGUCGGCGGCGACGCGGAGGCCGUUGGCUGACCAGCGCCGCACGUGCGUCGCUGGCACCGGCGGGCGGCGACGGCGCGCGCAACUUAGGAAAUUGAACCGC